AUGGAGGCCACAGUGGGGUGGCUGCUUAGAGCCGUCAUCGUUCUGGUCGUACACAGGUGGGCGGAGUCAUCUCUGGUCCAGGAAGACAGGCCGCAGUUGGACACCGAUGUCCCGGCGGUGACACUGUGUUGGAGGACGGAGGAAUUCACCAUAUCCAGAGAAUGCUACAACUGUAACCAGUUUGAGACGAAAACAGUCGGUGAGUGUGGAGUCACCGGAUUCAUCGAGGAGGUCAGCUGCAGCCCCUCCAACAAAGUGGAAUUCAAAAGCUGCCGCUCGGUCGCCAAGGAGAAGAGGGUCUUCUGGGAGUUUGUGGGGAUCAUGAUGGCGGCCGCCGUGGUCAUGUCGCUGGUGGUGCUGUGGCGGCGGAGGAAGCUGGACUGGAGGGCCCUGGAGAAGGUGCGCAAGCAGAUCGAGUCCAUCUGAUACUCUGAUUCAGCGCCAGACUCUCGGGUUACGGAUUUCUG